CAAUUUCAGAUUCACUUCUUCAGUUGCUGUACGGAAAUCGAAUUGUACGGGUGUUUAUGAUUUUACUUUUUUUUAAAUGUAAAGUGAAAGACAAGUGGUGAAUAAACGCGCGGGAUAUAUAAUUUGUAUCAUCGUCUUUUAUUAUCGUUGGAAAUUUGUAUAGAAAUGUGCAGAAAGAAAUAUAAUAACUGAUAUGAUGAAUGUGUAAAAAAGAAACAUUUUUUUACAUUUUUUGAAUUUUAAUUAAAUAUAAAACAAAAUCCUUAAUUGUAUAUGUGAAUGAGGUGGUUGAAUUGAGUGUUUAGCAAAGAUAUCAUUUGGUGAAAAGAUAUCUUUAUUUAUAUUUUGUUGUCGGUUAUUUUGGAUAGAUUUUUUUUUAUAUGAAGACAAAGUUGUCCUCUGACGGAAGGCAUAUCCACAUUGUCCACGGUAUUGUUGAAAAACAAAAAAACCAGUUGAGUUGUUCCACACACAAGAAAAUAUGAUAUAGAAUCGGGAAACAACGAGUGCAACUAAAAUCUAAUUAUGAAAUCAUUUAAUAAUAUUAUACAAUUCAUAGUAGUAUUGAUUGUGUGUUCGAUUUGUUUCGAACACGGUGAUUGUAUUCAAAAUGAUACGUUGAACACAAGGAGACACAAACAAAAGAAAUACAGUAUAGAUGAUCUCUUAUCGAAUAAAUUUGAAUUAAAAACGUCUGAGGAUAUCGAUAUGGACCCAUGCAAAGCAGACGGAUUUAUGGGUGACAUUGCAUUACCAAACAUAAAUUACGAAACCGGAUGGCAUACUGAAAAGUUGAAUAAGUCUUUUCAACAAGAGCUUGAAAGAAUGAAACAAGAAGUUUAUCAUGAAGGUCUUCAGGUCGAAGAGGAAGGCUUAACGGACAUUAUACGGAAGAAAACAAAACUACCGAACACAAUAUCAGAUUCGAAUGAAAGAAACAGAAAUGAUGCAGCAGUGAUCGAAACAAAUGCUGCAACGUCUCCAAACAACCCAAACAGUAAUUCUCAUUUAAAUAACGUGUUACCCAAAUCGGACGAAGACAAUUUAAUUAGCCAAGAAAAUGCUUCGGAUGUGAAUGCGACAAUAAUUGAUGAUAAAAAAGAUAACUUAACGUCCACUGCUCUAUCAAGUGAUUUAUCCGAAUCCGAAAAACAUGUGAAAAACGCAUCCAGUCACUUCCGUCAUAUAGAUCACACUAAAAUCCAAUCGGAUACAAAGGAUAUAAUCGAUGAUUCUGGCGACAACAUAAUCAAUUUAAAGCGUGCGACUACGACAACAACAACUACUACCCCCACUGCUCCAACAGUGCGGACGACCAUUCCGAAUACCUUCAGCAAUUCCGGCGGUAAUGGUGGAAAAUUGGAUGAUGUUCAAACGCUAACGUCGGAUUCUGUAAUUCGUAAACGGCAUCGACGAAGACGCCAAGGCAGGAAAUCCACGAAAAAGCCAAAAUCCAAAGCCGACAAUUACCAAGAACGUUUCGAGAAAUUGAAGCAUGAAUUGAAUCGCCCUGUGAUAACUUCCGAAUUUUUUAAACAAAAAGUAAUGACUUUCGAAACCAGUCAAAAACCGAACAAAGACCCGACGCAUGAUGGUAAUGCUAAAGAUUGGCUAGUAAACGAUAUGCCCGAAGAAUUGUCGCCGCUGUCGGAUAUCGAUUUGAAUGUUAUAACGAAGAAGCGAUCAACAGUUGAAACGUUGUUAACUGAACUGACAACGGAAAUUCCGACCAUCGAAAGUGUAACGGAUAGCGAAAGAUUAAAAGAACUACAACAUCACCACCGCAUUACAAGGGCUGCGACAGCCAAAAAGGAACGCAUAUGGGACUAUGGAGUGAUACCGUACGAAAUUGAUGCAAACUUUAGUGGCGCACAUAAAGCACUGUUCAAACAAGCCAUGAGGCAUUGGGAAAACUUUACGUGUAUUAAGUUUGUCGAACGCAUUCCCGAAGAUCAUCCGAAUUUUAUCAUGUUCACGAUACGACCCUGUGGAUGUUGUUCCUUCGUUGGUAAACGGGGCAACGGUGGACAAGCUAUUUCGAUCGGGAAGAACUGUGAUAAGUUUGGAAUCGUGGUGCACGAGCUCGGCCAUGUGGUCGGUUUCUGGCACGAACACACUCGUCCCGAUCGCGAAAAUCACGUUGUUAUCGAACGCAACAAUAUUAUGGGUGGUCAGGAGUACAAUUUCAAUAAACUUACCUCAGACGAUGUCAAUUCGCUCGGGCUUCCAUACGAUUACGAUUCGAUUAUGCAUUAUGCACGGAAUACAUUUUCCAAGGGAACAUAUUUGGAUACAAUUCUUCCGGUUGAUGUGAAAGGAAAAAAACGGCCAGAGAUCGGACAGAGGUUGAGAUUGAGCGAAGGGGAUAUAGCACAGGCCAAUCUACUCUACAAAUGUCCGAAAUGUGGCAAAACGUUCCAAGACAAUUCGGCUAGUUUCACUUCGCCGAAUUAUCAUUUGUCAGCACCGUCACAAGAGCCUGAAGCUUGUGAAUGGCGUAUAACGGCCACUCACGGUGAAAAGAUUAUCCUGAACAUAACGGAUUUGGAUAUUUUCAAAUCCAACAACUGUCGAACGGACUAUUUGGAAAUACGAGAUGGUUACUGGCACAAGUCACCAGUGCUGGGUCGCUAUUGUGGAUCUGGAAAAAUUUCCGAGCUGAUUAAAUCUACAGGUAGUCGAAUGUUGGUUACACUGACAACAACGCAUCGUCAAGAAGGUCAUCGAGGAUUCGCAGCACAUUACGAAGCUGUCUGCGGUGGUGAACUUAAUCUAGACAGCGGAGGUCGACUUGACUCUCCGAACUAUCCGCUCGACUAUCUGCCCAAUAGAGAAUGUAUUUGGCGAAUCACCGUGCAGGAAGAGUAUCAGGUUGCUCUGAAGUUCCAAUCAUUCGAAGUUGAAAAUCACGAUAAUUGUGUGUAUGAUUACGUUGAGGUACGAGACGGCGACAGCGCCGAUUCCAGAUUAAUAGGAGUUUUCUGUGGCUACAAAAUACCACCGGAUAUGCGGUCGACCACGAACAAAAUGUUUGUGAAAUUCGUUUCGGAUGGCUCGGUUCAGAAGGCCGGAUUUUCAGCAUCUUUUAUCAAAGAGCUCGAUGAAUGUGAACUACAGGAUCAUGGUUGUGAACAUGAGUGUAUAAAUACUCUUGGCGGUUAUCAGUGCUCCUGCUUCAUCGGAUAUGAACUUCAUAGCGACAAGAAAACUUGCGAAAACGCUUGUGGUGGUAUAAUUGAAGCGCUAAAUGGGACAAUAACGUCACCCUCAUUUCCUGAUAUUUAUCCAAUGUCCAAGGAAUGUGUUUGGGAAAUAAUCGCUCCCGAACAAUAUCGCAUUACCAUCAAUUUCACCCACUUCGAUCUGGAAGGAAACAACUACCAUCAACAAGAAUGUGACUACGACUCGCUAAGUAUUUACUCGAAACUGGAUGAAGACAACGUCAAAAAGCAUGGUGUCUUUUGUGGAUCUCGAUCGUUACCAUUGGUCACAUCUGAAGGCAAUGCCAUGAGAAUUGAAUUCCGGUCGGAUAAUACCAUUCAAAAAAGUGGAUUUGCGGCUGUAUUUUUCACAGAUAUUGAUGAAUGUGCCGUAAACAAUGGUGGAUGUAUGCACGAAUGCAAAAACACCGUAGGAUCUUACAUUUGUUCAUGUCACAAUGGCUAUGUUUUGCACGAUAACGAAUUGGACUGCAAGGAAGGUGGUUGUAAAUACGAAAUUACUGCUCCGCACGGUCAGAUUUACAGUCCAAAUUAUCCCGAUUAUUAUCCACCGAAAAAGGAUUGCAUAUGGCACUUUAGCACGACUCCUGGCCAUCGAAUUAGACUUACGUUCACCGUAUUCGAAAUGGAACCGCAUCAGGAAUGUGCCUACGAUCACAUCGCAAUUUACAAUGGAGAUUCACCCGAUAGCUUCACGUUGGGACGAUUUUGCGGUUACAAAUUGCCACAUCCGAUAUCGGCUUCCAGCAACGAAAUGUUUAUGGUUUUCAAGUCUGAUGUGAGCGUUCAAAGAGGAGGAUUUGCUGCUACACACUCGACGGCCUGUGGUGGACAUUUGACUGCAACAUCUCGAGUGAAACAUUUCUAUUCCCAUGCUAAAUUUGGAGGAUUCGAUUACGAUAAUAAUGCCGAUUGUGAUUGGGCUAUCGAGGCCGAGCCGGGACGAAACGUUCAAUUGACGUUCCUAACAUUUGAUAUAGAAGAUGAGAAAACAUGCUCGUAUGACUAUGUAGAAGUGUUUAGUGGACUGGACGACUACAGUGGCCCCUUAUACGGACGAUAUUGUGGCAACACUAAACCACCCGAUAUAAUAUCCAUCAACGAAGCUCUACUGGUUCGAUUCCGUACCGAUGGCACAAUGGUAUUCAAGGGAUUUUCAGCGUCAUACGUUUCGGUCGAUCCAUUCGAAGGAAGUGAAGAAAUGAAUUCAGAGGAUUCGGAAAUGGUGACACCGUUUCCCGGUUACUUGAAGAGCAUAUAUGUGGCCAAAUUGGACACGGAUAAUGACGAAGACGAGGACGAUUAUAAUGAGUACGAUAAUUACAAUAAAGUCAAGUACAAGAAAGAAGAUCAACAACAGCCCGACAAUAAAUUAUCAGCCGAACAAUUUGAUUAAUUCAGCCGCAGUCGAUCAAAAAGAUUUUUUUUUAAUGUUACUUAAAAAUGGUGUACGUGACAGUGUGUAUAGUGUCAGUGAGUGUGUCUGUCUUAAAUGUCGAAUUUUAUUCAAAAUUUUCUAAACAUUGUCGAAUCAUCUCAUUUUCCAUCAACACUGAACAAAUUAGUCAUUUUCCGAGUGGCAAUUUAAUUUACUUAGCUUUUACCAUUUUUUCUUUAUUAAUGAACUCUCUGAAAAUGUUAGAUCAAUUACUUUUAGUCAUUAAAAUUAUUGUCAUUUAAUUUAUUUUGAACUGAAUAAUAGACGAAAGUGGACGAUCAUCUAAUUGAAAUGACUAUGCAAAAAUAUCGA